UGCAACACGGCCGGACAGCUCCCACUACAUAUAUGUAAACCUCAGCACUUUCCUAUAUACACAAAACCAUCCACUCCCACUCGUUUUUUGUAUUCCUAUUUUCUUCAAUCUCUAUCUUUCUCUGCACUAAUUCUCUCACUCAUUCGCUGUUCUUCUUCCUGAUAUCAUGGCCAUUGAUAUGGAGAGUGUCAAAUAUGAAGAGGAGUUUAUCUUAAACCCUAGAGGAAUGAAGCUUUUCACAUGCAAAUGGCUUCCAGAAAACAACAAGCCCCCGAAAGCCUUGAUCUUCUUCUGUCAUGGAUACGCCAUGGAGUGCAGCAUCACCAUGAACAGUACUGCAAUCAGACUAGCCAAAGCAGGCUUUGCCAUAUAUGGGAUAGACUAUGAAGGCCAUGGAAAAUCAGCUGGCCUUGCAGGCUUUGUCAAAAGCUUUGAUGAUGUUGUCGAUGACUGCACCGUUCACUUCACAAAGAUUUGCGAGAGCAAAGAGAACAAAGGGAAGAUGAGGUAUCUGUUGGGAGAGUCAAUGGGAGGAGCUGUGGCUCUGCUUGUUCAUAGGAAAAAGCCAGAAUAUUGGGAUGGUGCGGUCUUAGUUGCCCCCAUGUGUAAGAUUGCAGAUGAAAUGAGGCCAUCUCCGAUUGUGGUCAGUGUUUUGACAAAGCUCUGCAGGGUUAUUCCAACUUGGAAAAUAAUCCCUACAAAUGAUGUCAUUGAUUUAGCUUUCAAAGUACCCGAGGUUAGAAAACAGGUUAGGGAAAACCCCUACUGUUACAAAGGCCGUCCUCGUCUGCAGACCGGCUACGAACUCUUGAGGGUCAGCACGGAGCUUGAGCAAAGGCUUCAAGAGGUCACGUUGCCGUUCAUAGUCCUCCACGGCGAAGACGAUAAAGUCACUGACACCUCGGUUAGUAAACAACUCCAUGAGGUGGCGUCGAGUUAUGACAAGACAUUGAAGUUGUACCCGAAAAUGUGGCAUGGUCUACUCUAUGGAGAGCCACUUGAGAAUAUUGAGGUUGUGUUUUCGGACAUAAUCAAUUGGUUAGACAAAAGAUGUUCCAUGGCAAAUUCAAGGUUGGAGGGAGAGUUGAAGAGGGAGAAUGACAAACAAUAAGUAGAAUAUUGCUGGAAGUUUGUAGUAUAUAGAUACUGAGCAAGAAGCAACUCAAGAGAUGAUAUCAUAUUUGUUUAUUGGGUAUAUUUUUCUGUUUCCUUGUAUUGCUGGGAAUUACUUUGUAAAAGGUAUUAAGAGAAAUAAAAAACAACAUCUGUAUAAUUCAUUACACAAA